CUCGUGUAGAGAAAGCAUCACCACCAUUAAACUCAUCGCUUCAUUCACAGCCACCUUGACCACACUCACAGUAUCCCUCCCUACCAACCCAUUUUCAUCUCUCUCACCUAGGGUUUACUCCACUGCAACAACAACAAUGGCGAUGAUUUCUACUUACCUAAAUCCAUCUUCUCAACUUUCCGGCCCUAAAUCCUGCACCGCCGCUUCUCCGCCCCUCUUCUCCGGUCUCCGCCGCUCCUCCGCUUCACUCUCCACCACUCAAUCCUUCUUUCACUCCGUCAAUUCUCACACUCUCCGUUCUUCCUCCUCUUCUAAUCGAACUUCCAGAGGCAUCGUCGCCAUGGCUGGCUCCGGGAAGUUCUUUGUUGGCGGCAACUGGAAGUGUAAUGGAACAAAAGAUUCUAUCAAGCAGCUAGUCUCAGACUUGAACAGUGCAACUUUGGAGCCUGAUGUUGAUGUUGUUGUGGGACCCCCUUUUGUUUAUAUUGAUCAAGUAAAGAACUCAUUAACCGACCGCAUUGAGAUAGCUGCUCAAAAUUCUUGGAUUGGGAAAGGUGGAGCAUUUACUGGAGAGAUUAGUGCGGAGCAAUUGAAAGAUAUUGGAUGCAAAUGGGUGAUCCUUGGGCAUUCUGAGAGGAGACACGUGAUCGGGGAAGAUGAUCAGUUUAUAGGUAAGAAGGCUGCUUAUGCGUUGGGUCAGGAUCUUGGAGUAAUAGCUUGCAUUGGAGAACUGUUGGAAGAAAGAGAAGCAGGCAAAACCUUUGACGUUUGUUUCAAGCAGUUGAAAGCCUAUGCAGAUGCUGUGCCCAGUUGGGAUAACAUUGUAAUUGCAUACGAGCCUGUAUGGGCUAUUGGAACCGGUAAAGUGGCUUCACCUGAGCAGGCUCAGGAAGUACACGUGGCUGUUCGUGAUUGGCUUGCUAAAAACGUAUCACCCGAAGUUGCAUCUAAGACACGUAUCAUCUAUGGAGGAUCUGUAAACGCCGGCAACUCAGCUGAUCUGGCAAAAAAAGAAGACAUUGAUGGAUUUCUUGUCGGUGGUGCUUCUUUAAAGGGUGCUGAUUUUGCAACCAUCAUUAAUUCCGUGACUGCCAAGAAAGUUGCUGCUUGAACUUGAUGAUCACGUCUUGUUCGGUUUUGGAUUCAGGGUAAGUAUCUUAGAGUGUAUCUUUUUUUUAGUUAAAGAUUAUGAUCCUAAAAGCCGGGUGCAUAUCUGUGCAAUAUUCACAAUGUGCAUAUUUUUGCACACAAGAUUUGUAAUAGAUAUUAUAACCCCAAGUCCACAGGACUCUUGGUCAUAACUCUAAACGAACAAAGAAUAUGAAAUAAAGUUUAUGUGAAGUUGCUUUUGUUU